AUGGAAGGGACAUCGACCACAUUGAGCACGACUACUAGCACUGUCACUACGACAGCGUCUACCAGCUCACCCGAGCUCAACGAUUGUGCCGACUUCUUCAACGUCUACAACGGAUGGUAUAACUUCUACGAGCACAAGUUCCACCCUGUCCACAACAGAUGGAACCGGCACUACGGAGACGAGCUCAUCGAUGUCCACAACAGAUGGCACAAGCUUUGCGAGCACGAGUUCCACCCAGUCUACAGCAGAUGGUACCACCACUACGAGCAUGAGUAG